CUGCAGCCGAUGCCGCCCUGCCCGGCGCGUCCCGCUCCCUCCUUAGUUCAUAAACUUGGGUCCUCGUCGCUGAACGCUCCUCGUGAUUUUACUAGCUGCCUGUAUUCCGCUGGUUUUUGUCGUACAGGUGUGAUGCAUUACAAAGCCCUCCCUAAAAACCGUGAUGUUUGCACAUUUCCCUCCUGCUUCCUUUUGUUGUUUGUGUUCCAAGGUGAAACACGGUGCUGUUUCUGAUUUCACCAUGUGCUUCUUGCCAUCCUUCUUGCUCUUCCCUUUGGACUUACCCUGUACGCCUUUUUCCGAGAACACAUCUGUAUGCAAGAUGCAGGCAUGCAGUGGAUUUACGGUGCUUUGUAACUUUUCCUAGCUUGUCCUGCAUAUUUUUCCUCAUAAUUCCUGUUUGCUUUUCUGAUCGCCGCAGCAAGCACAGACCUGAGAUACGGAGAACUAAAUGUGAACUGGUCUUAGGCAGGGACUGGUGUUUCCACCUUCCCAUGCAUGCCACCCCCUCAAAUACACAUCUGGAGCCAGACCUUCCAGGUUCUAGCCUGUGGGGGCAAAAGAGGGGGGCAGGAGAGCAGGCCACCCACAAAACAGCACAGCCUUGUUGCGGAGGGGAGGGCGACAAUGGGGAGCGCAGCAUGUUGGAAAUGGCCUUCAGCUGAAGAGCUGUAGGGAAGACCUGCUUGCUGAUCAGUUACACCACAAAUGCCUUCCCUGGAGAAUACAUCCCCACUGUGUUUGAUAACUAUUCUGCCAAUGUCAUGGUAGAUGGAAAGCCAGUGAACCUAGGCCUCUGGGAUACAGCAGGGCAAGAGGAUUAUGACCGACUGCGGCCUCUUUCCUAUCCACAGACGGAUGUUUUCUUGAUCUGCUUCUCCCUUGUGAGUCCAGCCUCCUUUGAGAAUGUCAGAGCCAAGUGGUACCCUGAGGUCCGACACCAUUGCCCAAACACACCCAUCAUCCUCGUGGGCACCAAGCUGGACUUGAGGGAUGAUAAGGACACCAUUGAAAGGUUACGUGAUAAGAAACUGGCCCCCAUCACCUACCCCCAAGGUUUGGCCAUGGCGCGGGAGAUCGGGUCGGUAAAGUACCUCGAGUGCUCUGCCCUGACGCAGCGGGGCUUGAAGACGGUGUUUGAUGAAGCCAUCCGGGCUGUGCUCUGCCCACCGCCUGUGAAGAAGCCCGGCAAAAAGUGUACCGUGUUUUGAGGGCUGUGGCCCAGGUGCUGGCUCAGCAUGUUGUCGUCCUCUGACAGAUUGCAUAUUAGCUGGGUGUUUCUGGAGGGGGCUGGGAUGUGUAGGGCCCUUCAUCAUGUACGAAGUCAGUGUUUUUUAAAUGUCUCUUUGAUUUAACGUCAGUGUUGAUGUGAAGGGGCAGCGGGGGCAGGAGCCUAGCUGGGGGCCGUACAGCCCCCAGGGGAGGUACAAUGGGGAAGGCAAGGUAGCUCCUUGGGACAACAGGCUGUUUUGGCUCUCCUGAACUCCAAGCUGAAAGGGCUGAGACAUCCAUCCUGUCCUGGAAACACCUGGUUUCAACCCGCAGGUGAAAUGGGUGGUGAAGAUCCUUUGUGGGAGUGGGGAGGGAGCUGGCAUGAAUGGUGCUGAAGGGCAGGAGCCGCUGGGAGAGGGGUAGGGUCUCCUUGCCCAGCCUAGUGUGGCGAAUAGCUA